GAGGGCUAAUGUUUGGAGUUCGCAGGCGCGACUAGACCGACCACAUGGUUGACUACCCGCGAGUCCUCAAUACCAACGUCUGUACCGUAGCGCAGCUUCUCAGAACUGAGAUUGGCCAUAGGCUCUACUCGGGUGUCGACACUGAUCUAUCAUGCUUACAACUCCGCUCGGGAGAAUGGCCAGCUCUGAGGGUUACUGCGAUCCUGACACAUCUCCGGUGCUUUCGUUAUUAAGGAGCCAGCCUAUGACACGAAUAUGUGCUCCCAUGGUACGUUAUUCGAAGCAGUCAUUUCGGCAGCUAGUACGUCUCUAUGGCGUUGAUGUGGCAUAUACCCCAAUGAUAUUGGCAGACAGCUUUACUAAGAGCGCAAAAGCCAGGAAUGCUGAUUUCUCCACGUCCUCAACAGAUCGCCCUCUCAUUGUACAGGUUGCUUCCAAUUGUUCCGAAGAGUUCGCUUUGGCAGCAGAAAUGGUGACCCCUCUUUCGGAUGGAAUAGAUAUAAACUGCGGCUGCCCUCAACGGUGGGCCGUUCAGGAGCAUUACGGCUGCUGGAUGUUGUCGCAGCCCGAUCUCGUUGCAGACAUGAUAUCAACGGCAAGACGAAGGCUACCGUCUCGCUUUACCGUUUCCAUAAAAAUACGUCUAAAAGAAGAUCUUCGGCAAACUGUGGAAUUCGUACGGCGAAUGGAGGCAGCUGGCGUGAGCUUUCUUACGGUUCAUGGCCGAACGCAGCAACAACGGGUCGAGCCUCCGAAUUUGGAAGCGGUGAAACUCUUACGAGAAAGUGUAAACAUCCCGGUCGUACACAAUGGUGGCAUAAAUACGCUGCAAGAGGCUGAAGAUACUUGGAGCUUCACAGGGGUCGCAGGAAUAAUGGUUGCGCAAGGUCUCCUUAACAAUCCUGCUUUGUUCGACGGGCACCCACAUACCCCGGAAAGCUGUGUGAGCAAGUUCUUGGACGUAGCUACAAAAUACGGGACUCAAUUCUCGCAUUUUCAACACCACGUCUCCUACAUGGUCAAGGAUUUACUGCCGCGAGCCGAUCGUCAUCAAAUCAACCUCCUCGGAAGCACGGCGGCCAUUAUCGACUUUCUAGGCGACAGAGGAAUUAUUUAGGAACGCAUUGAAAACGUUUCAGAGGCUAGAGAAAAAGAAACCUGUACAUAAUUAGAAUGGUACAAUAUAUAUAUAUGUGUGUGUAUAUAUAUACGUAUGUCAAACACUGUAUAUAGUGUUUACUUUGUGCUAUUUAUUCGUUACUACUACAUCAUUGCGCUGCA